CUAGUUCAGUAACAGACUAUCAAGAGAUUAAUACAGAUAUCUAAGGAUCCACAGACUCAACUGUACGCCACGAGAUCUUUUGAACACAACCAGAAUUCCAACUCAAAGGUACAAGAACUUUCAGAAGGCAGCACAGAGAAGUUAAGCCAGUUUUUGCAGUUUGAAACGACAAUUCACAGUAGAUUCAAGCACCCCAGCAUGCAAAAUACCAACUAAUGAUGAUAUAUCAUAAUCUGUUUCUUUUGAUGAGCAAAUUGUAAGGCUGAUGAAAUAUCAAGUCAAGCAGAAAUGGUGCUAUCAGAGGAUGAAGAGCAGCUCCAGGAAGGCGAGCGAUCUGAGACUGGAGAAGAGACAGGAAGGGAAGUAAAAGAUAAAAUGCCAAGAAGUAAUGACACUGAAGAAGGUUUACUUGAAGAUGACACCACUAAAGUCUACAGCACUGUACAUACUGGAGAGAAGAUUGUAAAGCCAAGCUUUCAGGUGGAAAGUCCUGAGGAAGCAGCAUCAAAAUCGAGUGGUGAAGAUGAGAGGAACAAUACAACAGUGGAAGAGCCUCAUCUGUCAAAACAGGUUCAUGAUGGACAUGGGAUACAAGCCAUCCCCAGAGAACAGAUAGCAGAAGCCAAUGUUGUAUUUGUCACCCCAAAACCAAUUGAAGAAGAAAUGACAAAGAACCAUCAAGACAAAGAAAAUAAAACAAAAAAUUCAAGAGAAGAGGAUGGCUGUUUAAAGAGUAUAAAAGAAGGCAAUGUCAAUGACCUUUCACAAGAGUCUAUAGGAGUAGGUCCAAAUCAGAACUUCGAAGAUGAUAAAAAGGAAACAACAAACCUUUCCAAAGGAGAGACUUUUUAUGAGCAGCAGACUGCCAGUGUCAGGGCAUGUGAGAGAAUUGCACUGGGGACAAUUCAUAAUCCGGAAAGCCUGGAAAAUAUUCCUGGUGCUUCAAAACAAGAGGAAGGUCUUCAAGGAGACUCUGAGUACCUGGCUCCAACAGAAGCUUCUGCAAACGAUGAAGACAAGAAUGCUUCUUCUGCCCAAGUGGCUGAGGACACAAAUGACAACAGGCUAGCUGAGACUACAGAAAACAGUGCAAAGGUAAUACCACAAGGAGAGGAAGACUUACAACAGGGAUUGCAGAUAAAUGAAAGCCCAGAAAAUAUUCUUGGUGCUUCAUUGGUAAAACGAAAAGAAGGUCAGCAAGGAGAAGUUGAGAAUCAACAUUCAACCGAAUCUUCAAUAGAGAACAGAGAUGAGGUGACAUCUUCUAUAAAAAAUACAGAAAUCGGUGCAAGGGUAAUAGGAGGUGAAGAAGAAACAGAUCACACUUUAAAGAAUGAUGAACCAGGAGAGACAGAUUGCGAAGUUGAAAGCCCUGGAGAGGUUCUUGAUACUGCAAAACAAGGGAAUGGUUUGCAGGGAGACGAUGACAACCUGGUUCCACCAGAAACUUCAAUUAACAAAAGAGAUGAGCUCACAUCUUCUGUCAAAACGUUUGGGGACAACCAUGAGAAUAACAGGCUAGCUGAGGCUACAGAAAACAGUGCAAAAACAACACCAGAAGGGGAAGAUUCAGAACCUCCCUUACAGAGAGAUGAAACAGGAGAGAGCAUUGCACUCGAGACAGCACAUGGAGUUGAAAUCCCAAAGAACAUUUCUGAUCUUGCAUUGGUGAAGCAAGACAAAGGACUGCAGGAAGAAUGUGAGAAGAUAACUCCACCAGAAGCUGAAAUAGAAAAAAGACACGAGGACACAUCUUAUAAUAGUCUAUCUGAGGCUACAGAAAACAGUGUAAAGGCAACACCAGAAGGUCAAGAAGAUUCUGAGCAUGCGUUACAUAAACAUGAAACAAGAGAGAGCAUUGCACUCGAGACAAAUCAUGGAGUUGGAAACCCCAAAAACAUUCCUGAAUCUGCAUUGGUGAAGCAAGAGGAAGUACUGCAAGGAGAAGUUGAGAACCAAUACUCGACCGAAUCUUCAAUUGAGAACAGAGAUAAGGAGACAUCUUCCAUCAAAGUGGCUGAAGACAAUGACAAAAAUAACAGGCCAGUUGAAACUACAGAAAACCAUGCAAGGGUAAUACAGCAAGGUGAAGAAGAAAGAGAUCAGGUUUUACCGAAUGAUGAACCAGGAGAGACAGAUCGUGAAGUUGAAAGCCCUGGAGAGGUUCUUGAUACUGUAAAACAAGGGAAUGGUUUGCAGGGAGACGAUGAAAAAGUGGUUCCACCAGAAACUUCAAUUAACAAAAGAGAUGAGCUCAUAUCUUCUGUCGGAAUGUAUGGUGACAACCAUGAGAAUAACAGGCUAGAAGGGGAAGAUUCAGAACCUCCCUUACAGAGAGAUGAAACAGGAGAGAGCAUUGCACUCGAGACAGCACAUGGAGUUGAAAUCCCAAAGAACAUUCCUGAUCUUGCAUUGGUGAAGCAAGACAAAGGACUGCAGGCAGAAUGUGAGGAGUUGGCUUCAACAGAAGCUGAAAUAGAGAAAGGAGAUGGGGACACAUCUUAUGUCAAAGUGACUGAAGACAACUAUGCCAAUAACAAGCUGGUUGAGGCUACAGUAAAUAGUACAAAAACUACACCAGAAGGUGAAGAAGAUCCUGAAACGAGCAUUGUACUCGAGACAGCACAUGGAGUUGAAAUCCCAAAGAACAUUCCUGAUCUUGCAUUGGUGAAGCAAGAGGAAGGACUACAAGCAGAAUGUGAGAAGAUAGCAUUACCAGAAGCUGAAAUAGAAAAACAACAUGAGGACACAUCUUGUGUCAAAGUGGAUGAGGACAAAGAUGUCAAUAAUAGUCUAGCUGAGGCAACAGAAAACAGUGCAAAGGCAACACCAGAAGGUCAAGAAGAUUCUGAGCAUGCGUUGCAUGAACAUGAAACAAGAGAGAGCAUUGCACUUGAGACAUAUCAUGGAGUUGAAAGUCCCAAAAACAUUCCUGAUACUGCAUUGGUGAAACAAGAGGAAGUAUUGCAAGGAGAAGUUGAGAACCAAUAUUCAACUGUAUCUUCAACUGAGAACAGAGAUGAGGAGAUGUCUUCCAUCAAAGUGGCCAAAGACAAUGAUGAAAAUAACAGGCCAGCUGAAACUACAGAAAACCAUGCAAGGGUAGUACAACAAGGUGAUGAAGAAACAGAUCAUGUUUUACAGAAUGAUGAAUCAGGAGAGACAAAUUGUGAGGCCUUUCAAGAGAUUCUUGAUACUGUGAAACAAGGGAAUUACUUGCAGGGAGAUGAUGACAACCUGGUUCCAGAAACUUCAAUUAACAAAAAAGAUGAGCUCACAUCUUCUGUUGAAGUGUUUGGGGACAAGACUGAGAAUAAUGGGCAAGCUGAGGCUACAGAAAACAGUGCAAAAACAACACCAGAAAGUGAAGAAGAUUCAGGACAUGCCUUACAAAGAGAUGAAACAGGAGAGAGCAUUGCACAUGAGGCAAAUCAUGGAGUUGAAGGCCCCAAAAACACUCCCGAUCCCGCAUUGGUGAAACAAGAGGAAGGACUGCAGGCAGAAUGUGAGAAGUUGGCUCCAACAGAGGCUGAAAUAGAGAAAAGACAGGGGGACAUAUCUUAUUUCAAAGUGGCUGAAGACAACAAUGCCAAUAACAAGCUAGCUGAGGAUACAGAAAGAAAUACAAAGAUACUAUCAGAAUCUGGAGAAGAUUCGUAUAAGGUACUACUGACAGAUGAACCAGGACAGACUAUUAGAGGUCUGACCAAUCACAAUGUCAAAAGCCCUGAAAAUAAUCUUGAUUCUUUGUUGGUGAAACAAGGGGAAGGUAUGCAAGGAGAAAGUGAUAACCUGGGUCAGACAAAAACUUCUAUCAAAGUGGCUGAAGACGAAGACAACAUCGGGCCCGUUGAGACUACAAAGAACAGUAUAAAGGUCAUACUGAAAGGUGAAGAAGAUUCAGAACACGUCUUGCAGAAAGAUGAUCCACAACAGAAACCCAUACAGGAGAGAAAUCCUGAUGUUGAAAAACCUGAAGAAAAUCUUGAUAAGUCAUUGGUGAACCAAGAGGAAGACCUCCAAGUAGAAGGUGAGAACUUGGCUCCAACAGAAGCUUCAAUGGAGAAUAAAGACGAGGACAUACCUCCUGUCAAAAUGGUUGGACACAAAGCCGAAAACAACAUGCAAGAUGAGGACAGAGAAAACAGUCCAAAGGGAACACCCAAAGUUGAAGAUUCAGAACAUAGUUUGAGUAAAGAUGCACGAGAGAUCAUUGGCUGUGAGGCAGAUCGUGAAAUUGAAGGCCUUGAAAAAUUUGAUAAUAGUCCGUUGGUUAACCAAGAGGUAUUUCUGCAGAGAGAAGGUGAGAACCUGAUUUCAAAAGAAGCUUCAGUGGAGAGAAGAGACGAGAACACAUCUUACAUGAAAAUAGCCAAAGGUAAUGAUAAUGAUGACAAUGAUGGGCUUGCUGCUGAGGCUGCAGACAUUAGUGUUAAGGCAACAUCAAAAGGUGAAGAAAAUUUGGAAGAGGUCAUACAGAAAGAUGAACCAGGAAAGCAGCCUGAACAACUUCUAGAUGUGGUAUCUGAAGAUAAGGAGGCAGAAUAUAUACUCGAAAAGAUGGAAAAUACUACCCUUGUGAAAGAGGAAGGAAUCAUUCAGAAUCUUGAAGAAACUUCGGAAGUAGAAAAGAAAGAAGAAACAAAAACUGUGGAUGAUAAAAAAGAAAAAGAAGCUGCAAUAGAAAAGGUGUUCAAUACUACUAGUUUCAGCGAAGAAACUGGAGUACAAAUGGCAGAGGAAAUUCAUAAUGUUCGGGACCUGUCUCCAGAAUUCAAUGAGAAGGAAAUAACCAAAGAAAACUUCAUAGAAGAACAGCAAUGUGGGGCAUUAGAGACAGUAGCUUCAAGUACAAAUACAGAAAAAUCAGUCAUAGAUAAACCAGCUACAGCAGAACUCCCGUCUUCAUCGGAUAAAAAAGAAACAGUAAAGGAAAGCUUAAAGGAAGAAGAAAGUGAUGUUAUGGUGUUAAAAGAAGAGGCCGGAGGCACAACUUUGGAGUUCAUAAAACAGACAGAUUUGACAGAGAAAGCAAAAGCAGAGACCUUACAGGACUGUGCAGGGCAAAGUAGAGACUUCACUGCUUUGACUACUAUAGAGAACUAUUUUUUUAUGCCUGAGGUGCCUGUGGAAGAGAUUAAUGAAAAGCUUCUGAAGCAAGAAAAAAACACAAUUAUUGAUUCUGACUCUGCAUCUGAAGCAGUUGUGAGUGAGUUAGGGUUGAAAGAAACCAAACCAGAUAACAAAGAGCAUGUCAAAAGCUUUGAUAUUGUUCCUGAAGAGAAGGGUCUAGCAACCAUUGAAACAGGAGUUAGUCUAGACUCUGUAGAUAUUGAAGUGCAAUCAGAGGAAAAUUCGAAGUCAGAAGAGAAUAUGAGCAAGAAGAUUUUUACAGUAGCAGAUGAAACUGGAGAAAAAAUUGAGCAUCAAAUGGAAGAUAAAGCUUCUACUGGGGGAAUUGACAAUGAAUUAUCAUUGACCAGUAGGGAGACAACUUUAGAUGGCAUUUCAGAAGAUGGCUCUCGAGAUUCUUACAUAAUGCCAUUACAAGAACAUGAGCCCACAACAACCGAAGUGGGCAAGAUAAUGGAAGAGACUUCGGCAAGAGAUGAAAUUAUAGAUGAAAUUGCAAAAAUUCCUUCAAGUGUGCAAAAAACAGACGAGAAGUUAAUACAAAAGGAAGAUGAAUCCAUUAAUCCAGCAGAUGCCUCUGAACUUUUGUCUUCAGAUGACGGGAAGGAUGGUGCGAUUGAAGAACUAAAGCACGAGGAUGCAGAGUUGCACAUGCCCCCAAAGCAACACAUUGAAAAGAACAGCUAUGAAACUGAAGAUGUGGAGAUAUCAAAGAGAGGAGAAACAAGUGCUUUAGCAGAUCAAACAGAGGUAUGCAAAUUGGAGUCUUUGGAAGUUGAAAAUCCAUCUGAUGACCCCUCAAAGCCCAUUGCAGUCGGUCCAUAUCAAGGUAGCGACAAGACUAUCUUGGAACAAGGGGACUUUGUUCAGACUGAAGGAAUCUUAACAGGUGUUCUAGUAGAGAAAGGAACAACUGGCAAGAAAACAAAUGUUUGUAGUCAUGAAUGUGAGCCAACAAACACCAAAACCAAUGAACUAUUGGCAGAAAAGAAUCUUGAAUCAGAUGAUCUGCGUCAAAAGCUAGUUUUCGGCACCGAAUCAGAGGCCAAAGAUCCAAGUCAUGAAACACUCCCUCAAACCAACAAGAGCCAAACUGAAGAGAACAGCAAUGAUGUUCAGGAUUGGAAUUUUGAAUCAGUUGAACCACAAAUUACACCACAAGUUCAAGGUAAAACAGAGACAAAAAUGGCAAUGGAGACCAAAUUGAAGGCUGAAGAUCAUAUAAAUGUAUCACCAACUACAAAAGAGACCAUUACAACUCACACUGUAACUGAAGGGGUGCAUGAAAGAAUUCAGGAAGUUGAUGGAAGUGAAGGCAUCAAAGAACAGGCCAUACACGGAGAGAGUGAGUUGAAGAAAACUCAUAAAGUAUCAGCUGAAGACUACGCAUUUGAGAAGGUGGAAGACUGUGGAACAAAAUCUACUGAUUACCUAGAGGCAACAGACUCCAGUGAGCAGACAGAAACUGUUAAAGCAGAUAUCCAAGAAGCAACAAGGGAGACAGAAACAUCUGGUACAAAAGCACUGAAAGAAGAAAAGAUACAAGAUGAGUUCAGUCUUAAGCCUGAAGAUAUCACGACGACAGUAGUUGAAGAUUCAGAAGAAAAGAUCAAAGUGGAAGUUGAUCAUUUUCUUGAACACAAUGACAAUGCAACUGUGGUACCAGCAGAGUCAAUCGUAGGAGAAGUUCCCAUGGAUGACAAAGCUAUCAAGGAAACAAGCUUGGAUGAGAGAUUAGAAACUAUCACAAUUCAGUCUCGUCCACAAGCUGAAGAAGCUGGCAGCAAGAAGCUCAGAAUGGAGGGUGUUGAUGGAAGUGAAAGCAUCAAAGAACGGGCCAUACAACAAGAGAGUCAGUUGAAGGAAAUUUAUGAAGUAUCUACUGAAGAUGACACACUUGAGAAGGUGGAAGACUGUGGAACAAAAUCCUCCGAUUACCUAGAGGCAACAGACCCCAAUAAGCAUACAGAAACAGUUCAAGAAGAUAUUCAAGAACCAACAAGGGAGACAGAAGCACCUGGUACAAAAGCACCAGAAGAAGAAAAGAUACAAGAUGAGGUCAGACUUAAGCCUGUAGAUGUCUCGAAGACAGAAGCUGAAGAUACAGAAGAAACGAUAAAAGAAAAGAUCGAAGUGGAAGCAGAUAAUUUUCUUGAUGAGAAUGACAAUGCAACUAUGGUACCAACAGAGUCACCCAUACGAGAAACUCACAUGGAUGACAACUCCAAUGAGAGUUUAGAAACUAUCACAAUUCAGCCUUGUCCACAAGCUGAAGAACCUGGCAGCAAGAAACUCCGAAUAGAGGAAGUUGAUGGAAGUGAAGGAAUCAAAGAACAGGUCAUACAUGGAGAGAGUGAGUUGAAGGAAAUUCAAAAAGUAUAUGCUGAAGAAGACAUACUUAAGAAGGUGGAAGACUGUGGAACAAAAUCCUCUGAUUACCUAGAGGAAACAGACUCCAGUGAGCACACAGAAACACUUACAGCAGAUAUUCAAGAGCCAACAAGGGAGACAAAAGCAUCCGGAACAAAAGUACCGGAAGAAGAAAAGAUACAAGACGAGGUCAGUCUUAAGCCUGUAGAAAUCUCAAUAACAGAAGCUGAAGAUAAAAAAGAAAUGAUUAAAGAAGAAAUACAAGUGGAAGCAAAAAAUUUGCUCGGUGAGGAUGGCAAUGCAAUUGCAGUACCAGCAGAGUCACCCAUACCAGAAGCUCACAUGGAUGACAAAGUUGUCAAGGAAACUAGCUCGGAUGAGAGUGUAGAAACUAUCACAAUUCAGCAUUGUCCACAGGCUGAAGAAGUUGGAAGCAAAAAACUCCAAAUAGAGGAAGUUGAAGGAAGUGAAGGCAUAAAAAAAGACGCCAUACAUGGAGAGAGUGAGUUGAAGGAAAUUCAUAAAGUAUAUGCUGAAGAUGACAUACUUGAGAAGGUGGAAGACUCUGAUUACCUAAAGGAAACAGACUCCAGAGAGCAGACAAAAACACUUACAGCAGAUAUUCAAGAGCCAACAAGGGAGACAAAAGCAUCCGGAACAAAAGCACCGGAAGAAGAAAAGAUACAAGACGAGGUCAGUCUUAAGCCUGUAGAAAUCUCAACGACAGAAGCUGAAAAUAAAAAAGAAACGAUUAAAGAAGAAAUCCAAGUGGAAGCAGAUAAUUUGCUCGGUGAGGAUGGCAAUGCAACUGCGGUACCAGCAGAGUCACCCAUACCAGAAGCUCACAUGGAUGACAAAGCUGUCAAGAAAACUACCUCGGAUGAGAGUGUAGAAACUAUCACAAUUCAGCCUUGUCCACAGGCUGAAGAAGUUGGAAGCAAGAAACUCCAAAUAGAGGAAGUUGAAGGAAGUGAAGACAUAAAAAGAGACGCCGAGGAAGUUGAUGGAAGUGAAGACAUAAAAAAAUAUGCCAUACAUGAAGAGAGUGAGUUGAAGGAAAUUCAUAAAGUAUAUGCUGAAGACGACAUACUUGAGAAGGUGGAAGACUCUGAUUACCUAGAGGAAACAGACUCUAGAGAGCAGACAGAAACACUUACAGCAAAUAGUCAGGAGCCAACAAGGGAGACAGAAGCAUCCGGAACAAAAGCACCGGAAGAAGAAAAGAUACAAGACGAGGUCAGUCUUAAGCCUGUAGAAAUCUCGACGACAGAAGCUGAAGAUAAAAAAGAAACGAUUAAAGAAGAAAUCCAAGUGGAAGCAGAUAAUUUGCUCGAAGAGGAUGAUAAUGCAACUGCAGUACCAGCAGAGUCACCCAUACCAGAAGCUCACAUGGAUGACAAAGCUAUCAAGGAAACUAGAUCAGAUGAGAGUGUAGAAACUAUCACAAUUCAGCCUUGUCCAUAUGCUGAAGAAGUUGGGAGCAAGAAACUCCGAAUUGAGGAAGUUGAUGGAAGUGAAGGCACCAAGGAAAAGGCCAUAUAUGGAGAGAGUGAGUUGAAGGAAAUACAUAAAGUAUCUGCAAAAGAUGACAUAGUUCAGAAGGUGGAAGACUCUAGAACAAAAUCCUCUACUUACCUAGAGGAAACGGACUUCAGUGAGCAGACAGAAACACUUACAGAAAAUAUUCAAGAGACAACAAGGGAGACAAAAGCAUCAGGUACAAAAGCACCAGAAGAAGAAAAGAUACAAGACGAGGUCAGUCUUAAACCUGUAGAUGUCUCGACAACAGAAGCUGAAGAUACAGAAGAAACGAUUAAAGAAAAGAUCAAAGUGGAAGUAGAUAAUAUUCUUGAUGAGGAUGACAAUGUAACUGUGGUACCAGCGGAGUCACCCAUACAUGAAGCUCACAUGGAUGGCAAAUCUAUCAAGGAAACUAGCCCGGACGAGAGUUUAGAAACUGUCACAUUUCAGCCUUGUCUACAAGCUGAAGACGUUGGCAGCAAGAAACUCCCAAUUGAGGAAGUUGAUGGAACUGAAGGCAUCAAAGAACAGGCCAUGCAUGGAGAGCAUGGGUUGAAGGAAAUUCAUAGAGUAUCUGCUAAAGAUGACAUACUUCAGAAGGUGGAAGAUUGUGGAACAAAAUCCUCUGAUUACCUAGAGGCAAUAGAAUCCAGUGAGCAGACAGUGACAGUUAAAGCAAAUGUCCAAGAACCAACAAUGGAGACAGAAUUAUCUGGCCCAAAAGCACCGAAAGAAGAAAAUAUACAGGAUGAGGUCAGUCUCAAGCCCGCAAAUGUCUCAACAAGAGAAGCUGAAGAUGCAGAAGAAAAGAUUAAAGAAUAUAUCGAAGUGGAAGCAGAUAAUUUUCUGGACGAGGAUGACAAUGCAACUGCGGUACCAACAAAGUCACCCAAACGAGAAGCUCACAAGGAUGACAAAACUGUCAAGGAAACUAGCUCAGAUGAGAGUGUAGAAAUUAUUACAAUUCAGCCUUGUCCACAUGCUGAAGAAGUUGGCAGCAAGAAACUCCAAAUUGAGGAAGUUGAUGGAAGUGAAAGCAUCAAAGAACAAGCCAUACAUGCAGAGAGUGAGUUGAAGGAAAUACAUAAAGUAUCUGCUAAAGAUGACAUAGUUGAAAAGGUGGAUGAUUGUGGAACAAAAUCCUUUGAUUACCUAGAGGAAACAGACUCCAGUGACCAGACAGAAACAGUUAAAGCAUUUAUUCAAGAGCAAACAAGGGAGACAGAAGCAUUUGGUGCAGAAGCACCAGAAGAAGAAAAGAUACAAAACAAGGUCAGUCUUAAGACUGUAGAUGUCUCAGAAACAGAAGUUAAAGAUACAAAAGAAGCGAUUAAGGUAAAAAUUAAAGUGGAAGCAAAUAAUUUGUUUGAUGAGGAUGACAAUGCAACUGCGGUACCAGCAGAGUUACCCAUACGAGAAGCGCACAUGGAUGACAAAUCUGUCAAGGAAACUAGCUCGGAUGAGAGUGUAGAAACUAUUACAAUUCAGCCUUGUCCACAGGCUGAAGAAGUUGGCAGCAAGAAACUAAAAAUUGAGGAAGUUGAUGGAAGUGAAGGCAUCAAAGAACAGGCCAUACAUGGAGCGAGUGAGUUGAAGGAAAUUCAUAAAGUAUAUGCUGAAGAUGACAUACUUGAAAAGGUGGAAAACUGUGGAAGAAAAUCCUCUGAUUACAUACAGGAAACAGACUCCAGUGAGCAGACAGGAACAUUUACAGCAGAUAUUCAAGAGCCAACAAGGGAGACAGAAGCAUCCGGAACAAAAGCACUGGAAGAAGAAAAGAUACAAGACGAGGUCAGUCUUAAGCCUGUAGAAAUCUCGACAACAGGAGCCGAAGAUACAAAAGAAACAAUUAAAGAAGAAAUCGAAGCGGAAGAAAAUAAUUUGAUUGAUGAGGAUGGCAAUGCAAUUGAGGUACCAGCAGAGUCACCCAUACCAGAAGCACACAUGAAUGACAAAGUUGUCAAGGAAACUAGCUCAGAUGAGAGUGUAGAAACUAUCACAAUUCAGUCUUGUCCACAGGCUAAAGUUGGCAGCAAGAGACUCCGAAUAGAGGAAGUUGAUGGAAGUGAAGGCAUAAAAAAAGAGGCCAUAUAUGGAGAGAGUGAGUUGAAGGAAAUUCAUAAAGUACAUCCUGAAGAUGACAUACUUGAGAAGGUGGAAGACUGUGGAAGAAAAUCCUCUGAUUACUUAGAGGAAAUAGACUCCAGUGAGCAGAUAGAAACACUUACAGCAGAUAUUCAAGAGCCAACAAGGGAGACAGAAGCAUCCGGAACAAAAGCACCGGAAGAAGAAAAGAUACAAGACGAGAUCAGUCUUAAGCCUGUAGAAAUCUCGACAACAGAAGCUGAAGAUACAAAAGAAAUGAUUAAAGAAAAGAUCAAAGUGGAAACAGAUAAUUUCCUCGAUGAGGAUGACAAUGCAACUGCAAUACCAGUAGAGUCACCCAUACCAGAAGUUCACAUGGAUGACAAAGCUAUCGAGGAAAUUAGAUCGGAUGAUAGUGUAGAAACUAUCAGAAUUCAGCCCUGUCCACAAGCUGAAGAAGUUGGCAGCAAGAAACUCCGAAUUGGGGAAGUUGAUGGAAGUGAAGGCACCAAAGAAAAGGCCAUAUCUGGAGAGAGUGAGUUGAAGGAAAUACAUAAAGUAUCUACAAAAGAUGACAUAGUUGAGAAGGUGGAAGACUCUGGAACAAAAUCCUCUACUUACCAAGAGGAAACAGACUUCAGUGAGCAGACAGAAACACUUACAGCAAAUAUUCAGGAGACAACAAGGGAGACAAAAGCAUCAGGUACAAAAGCACCAGAAGAAGAAAAGAUACAAGACGAGGUCAGUCUUAAACCUGUAGAUGUCUCGACAACAGAAGCUGAAGAUACAGGAGAAACGAUUAAAGAAAAGAUCAAAGUGGAAGCAGAUAAUAUUCUUUAUGAGGAUGAUAAUGCAAUUGCGGUCCCAGUGGAGUCACCCGUAUGUGAAGCUCACACAGAUGACAAAGCUGUCAAUGAAACUUGCCCGGACGAGAGUUUAGAAACUGUCAAAAUUCAGCCGUGUCCACAAGUUGAAGACGUUGGCAGCAAGAAACUCCCAAUUGAGGAAGUUGAUGGAACUGAAGGCAUCAAAGAACAGGCCAUGCAUGGAGAGCAAGAGUUUAAGGAAAUUCAUAGAGUAUCUGCUGAAGAUGACAUACUUCAGAAGGUGGAAGACAGUGGAAGAAAAUCCUCUGAUUACCAAGAGGAAACAGACUCUAAUGAACAGACAGAAACACUUACAACAGAUAUUCAAGAACCAACAAGGGAGACAGAAGCAUCCGGAAAAAAAGCAUCGGAAGAAGAAAAGAUACAAGACGAGGUGGACAGUCUUAAACCUAUAGAAAUCUCGACAAGAGAAGCUGAAGAUACAAAAGAAACAAUUAAAGAAAAGAUCAAAGUGGAAGCAGAUAAUUUCCUCGAUGAGGAUGACAAUGCAACUGCAGUACCAGCAAAGUCACCCAAACCAAAAGCUCACAUGGAUGACAAAGCUAUCAAGGAAACUAGGUCGGAAGAGAGUGUAGAAACUAUCACAACUCAGCCUUGUCCACAUGCUGAAGAAGUUGGCAACAAGAAACUCCGAAUUGAGGAAGUUGAUGGAAGUGAAGGCACCAAAGAAAAGGCUAUAUAUGGAGAGAGAGAGUUGAAGGAAAUACAUAAAGUAUCUACAAAAGAUGACAUAGUUGAGAAGGUGGAAGACUCUGGAACAAAAUCCUCUACUUACCUAGGGGAAACAAACUUCAGUGAGCAGAUAGAAACACUUACAACAAAUAUUCAAGAGACAACAAGUGAGACAGAAGCAUCAGGUACAAAAGCACCAGAAGAAGAAAACAUACAAGACGAGGUUAGUCUUAAACCUGUAGAUGUCUCGACAACAGAAGUUGAAGAUAAGGAAGAAAUGAAUAAAGAAAAGAUCAAAGUGGAAGCAGAUAAUAUUCUUGAUGAGGAUGAUAAUGCAAUUGGGGUCCCAGCGGAGUCACCUGUACGUGAAGCUCACAGCGAUGACAAAGUUGACAAGGAAACUAGCCUGGACGAGAGUUUAAAAACUGUCACAAUCCACCCUUGUCCACAAGCUGAAGACGUUGGCAGCAAGAAACUCCCAAUUGAGGAAGUUGAUGGAACUGAAGGCAUCAAAGAACAAGCCAUGCAUGGAGAGCAAGAGUUGAAGGAAAUUUAUAGAGUAUCUGCUGAAGAUGACAUACUUCAGAAGGUGGAAGACUGUGGAAGAAAAUCCUCUGAUUACCAAGAGGAAACAGACUCUAAUGAACAGACAAAAACACUUACAACAGAUAUUCAAGAACCAACAAGGGAGACAGAAGCAUCCGGAAAAAAAGCACCGGAAGAAGAAAAGAUACAAGACGAUGUCAGUCUUAAACCUGUAGAAAUCUCGACAAGAGAAGCUGAAGAUACAAAAGAAAUGAUUAAAGAAAAGAUCAAAGCGGAAGCAGAUAAUUUCCUCGAUGAGGAUGACUAUGCAACUGCGAUACCCGCAGAGUCACCCAUACCAGAAGCACCCAUACCAGAAGCUCACAUGGAUGACAAAGCUAUCAAGGAAACUAGGUUGGAUGAGAGUGUAGAAACCAUCACAACUCAGCCUUGUCCACAUGCUGAAGAAGUUGGCAACAAGAAACACCGAAUUGAGGAAGUUGAUGGAAGUGAAGGCACCAAGGAAAAGACCAUAUAUGGAGAGAGUGAGCUGAAGGAAAUACAUAAAGUAUCUACAAAAGAUGACAUAGUUGAGAAGGUGGAAGACUCUGGAACAAAAUCCUCUACUUACCUAGAGGAAACAGACUUCAGUGAGCAGACAGAAACACUUACAACAAAUAUUCAAGAGACAACAAGGGAGACAGAAGCAUCAGGUACAAAAGCACCAGAAGAAGAAAAGAUACAUGACGAGGUCAGUCUUAAACCUGUAGAUGUCUCGACAACAGAAGCUGAAGAUACAGAAGAAACGAUUAAAGAAAAGAUCAAAGUGGAAGCAGAUAAUAUUCUUGAUGAGGAUGAUAAUGCAAUUGCGGUCCCAGCGGAGUCACCCGUACUUGAAGCUCACACCGAUGACAAAGUUGACAAGGAAACUAGCCUGGACGAGAGUUUAGAAACUGUCACAAUCCACCCUUGUCCACAAGCUGAAGACGUUGGCAGCAAGAAACACCCAAUUGAGGAAGUUGAUGGAAGUGAAGGCAUCAAAGAACAGGCCAUGCAUGGAGAGCAAGAGUUGAAGGAAAUUCAUAGAGUAUCUGCUGAAGAUGACAUACUUCAGAAGGAGGAAGACUGUGGAAGAAAAUCCUCUGAUUACCAAGAGGAAACAGACUCUAAUGAACAGACAGAAACACUUACAACAGAUAUUCAAGAACCAACAAGGGAGACAGAAGCAUCUGGAAAAAAAGCACCAGAAGAAGAAAAGAUACAAGACGAGAUGGACAGUCUUAAACCUAUAGAAAUCUCGACAAGAGAAGCUAAAGAUACAAAAGAAACAAUUAAAGAAAAGAUCAAAGUGGAAGCAGAUAAUUUCCACGAUGAGGAUGACAAUGCAACUGCAGUACCAGCAGAGUCACCCAAACCAGAAGCUCACAUGGAUGACAAAGCUAUCAAGGACACAAGGUCGGAUGAGAGUGUAGAAACCAUCACAACUCAGCCUUGUCCACAUGCUGAAGAAGUUGGCAACAAGAAACUCCGAAUUGAGGAAGUUGAUGGAAGUGAAGGCACCAAGGAAAAGGCCAUAUAUGGAGAGAGUGAGCUGAAGGAAAUACAUAAAGUAUCUACAAAAGAUGACAUAGUUGGGAAGGUGGAAGACUCUGGAACAAAAUCCUCUACUUACCUAGAGGAAACAGACUUCAGUGAGCAGACAGAAACACUUACAACAAAUAUUCAAGAGACAACAAGGGAGACAGAAGCAUCAGGUACAAAAGCACCAGAAGAAGAAAAGAUACAUGAUGAGGUCAGUCUUAAACCUGUAGAUGUCUCGACAACAGAAGCUGAAGAUACAGAAGAAACGAUUAAAGAAAAGAUCAAAGUGGAAGCAGAUAAUAUUCUUGAUGAGGAUGAUAAUGCAAUUGCGGUCCCAGCGGAGUCACCCGUACGUGAAGCUCACACCGAUGACAAAGUUGACAAGGAAACUAGCCUGGACGAGAGUUUAGAAACUGUCACAAUCCACCCUUGUCCACAAGCUGAAGACGUUGGCAGCAAGAAACUCCCAAUUGAGGAAGUUGAUGGAAGUGAAGGCAUCAAAGAACAGGCCAUGCAUGGAGAGCAAGAGUUGAAGGAAAUUCAUAGAGUAUCUGCUGAAGAUGACAUACUUCAGAAGGAGGAAGACUGUGGAAGAAAAUCCUCUGAUUACCAAGAGGAAACAGACUCUAAUGAACAGACAGAAACACUUACAACAGAUAUUCAAGAACCAACAAGGGAGACAGAAGCAUCCGGAAAAAAAGCACCGGAAGAAGAAAAGAUACAAGACAAGGUCAGUCUUAAACCUGUAGAAAUCUCGACAAGAGAAGCUGAAGAUACAAAAGAAAUGAUUAAAGAAAAUAUCAAAGUGGAAGCAGAUAAUUUCCUUGAUGAGGAUGACAAUGCAACUGCGGUACCAGCAGAGUCACCCAUACCAGAAGCUCACAUGGAUGACAAAGCUAUCAAGGAAACUAGGUCGGAUGAUAGUAUAGAAACUAUCACAAUUCAGCCUUGUCCACAUGCUGAAGAAGUUGGCAGCAAGAAACUCCGAAUUGAGGAAGUUGAUGGAAGUGAAGGCACCAAAGAAAAGGCCAUAUAUGGAGAGAGUGAGCUGAAGGAAAUACAUAAAGUAUCUACAAAAGAUGACAUAGUUGAGAAGGUGGAAGACUCUGGAACAAAAUCCUCUACUUACCUAGAGGAAACAGACUUCAGUGAGCAGACAGAAACACUUACAACAAAUAUUCAAGAGACAACAAGGGAGACAGAAGCAUCAGGUACAAAAGCACCAGAAGAAGAAAAGAUACAUGAUGAGGUCAGUCUUAAACCUGUAGAUGUCUCGACAACAGAAGCUGAAGAUACAGAAGAAACGAUUAAAGAAAAGAUCAAAGUGGAAGCAGAUAAUAUUCUUGAUGAGGAUGAUAAUGCAAUUGCGGUCCCAGCGGAGUCACCCGUACGUGAAGCUCACACCGAUGACAAAGUUGACAAGGAAACUAGCCUGGACGAGAGUUUAGAAACUGUCACAAUCCACCCUUGUCCACAAGCUGAAGACGUUGGCAGCAAGAAACUCCCAAUUGAGGAAGUUGAUGGAAGUGAAGGCAUCAAAGAACAGGCCAUGCAUGGAGAGCAAGAGUUGAAGGAAAUUCAUAGAGUAUCUGCUGAAGAUGACAUACUUCAGAAGGAGGAAGACUGUGGAAGAAAAUCCUCUGAUUACCAAGAGGAAACAGACUCUAAUGAACAGACAGAAACACUUACAACAGAUAUUCAAGAACCAACAAGGGAGACAGAAGCAUCCGGAAAAAAAGCACCGGAAGAAGAAAAGAUACAAGACAAGGUCAGUCUUAAACCUGUAGAAAUCUCGACAAGAGAAGCUGAAGAUACAAAAGAAAUGAUUAAAGAAAAUAUCAAAGUGGAAGCAGAUAAUUUCCUUGAUGAGGAUGACAAUGCAACUGCGGUACCAGCAGAGUCACCCAUACCAGAAGCUCACAUGGAUGACAAAGCUAUCAAGGAAACUAGGUCGGAUGAUAGUAUAGAAACUAUCACAAUUCAGCCUUGUCCACAUGCUGAAGAAGUUGGCAGCAAGAAACUCCGAAUUGAGGAAGUUGAUGGAAGUGAAGGCACCAAAGAAAAGGCCAUAUAUGGAGAGAGUGAGCUGAAGGAAAUACAUAAAGUAUCUACAAAAGAUGACAUAGUUGAGAAGGUGGAAGACUCUGGAACAAAAUCCUCUACUUACCUAGAGGAAACAGACUUCAGUGAGCAGACAGAAACACUUACAACAAAUAUUCAAGAGACAACAAGGGAGACAGAAGCAUCAGGUACAAAAGCACCAGAAGAAGAAAAGAUACAUGAUGAGGUCAGUCUUAAACCUGUAGAUGUCUCGACAACAGAAGCUGAAGAUACAGAAGAAACGAUUAAAGAAAAGAUCAAAGUGGAAGCAGAUAAUAUUCUUGAUGAGGAUGAUAAUGCAAUUGUGGUCCCAGCGGAGUCGCCCGUAUGUGAAGCUCACACGGAUGACAAAGCUGUCAAUGAAACUUGCCCGAACAAGAGUUUAGAAACUGUCACAAUUCAGCCGUGUCCACAAGUUGAAGACGUUGACAGCAAGAAACUCCCAAUUGAGGAAGUUGAUGGAAGUGAAGGCAUCAAAGGACUGGCCAUGCAUGGAGAGCGUGAGUUGAAGGAAAUUCAUAGAGUAUCUGCUGAAGAUGACAUACUUCAGAAGGUGGAAGAUUGUGGAACAAAAUCCUCUAAUUACCUAGAGGCAACAGACCCCAGUGAGCAGACAGCAACAGUUAAAGCAAAUAUCCAAGAACAAACAGUGGAGACAGAAUUAUCUGGCACAAAAGCUUUGGAAGAAGAAAAUAUACAAGAUGAGGUUAGUCUCAAGCCUGCAAAUCUCUCAACAAGAGAAGCUAAAGAUGCAGAAGAAAAGAUUAAAGAAUAUACCGAAGUGGAAGCAGAUAAGUUUCUUGAUGAGAAUGACAAUGCUUCUGCAGUACCUGCAGAAUCAUGCAUGGGAGAAGCUCAUAUGGACCUCGAAGCUGUCAAGGAAAUUAGCUCAGAUGAGAGUUUAGAAAUUAUCACAAUUGAGAACAUAAGAUUAGAGCAAGACGAGCCCAUGGUUCACAAAAAUGAAGAGAAAGAGAGUGUAACUCAGGGGAAACCAGGUGCAGAUGAAGUCGAGGAUGUCAAAACAAGUCCCAGCGCAGUUGUCAGCUCCAAGUACCUUGGUGUUGAAGAAACCCAGGAAACUGGGCAAAGUUUAAGAGUGGAAAAGCUGGAUUCAGAUAGAUCUGAGGAAGGAAUCAAAGAAGAUUCUGGAACAAUGUCUGAAGCCAAAUCUCUGGGCAUUGAAAUGGUUACCCAAGGUGAAAUGACUUCUGGUCAGACUCUCCCUACAGGGAAUCUGGAAGAGGAAUUUCAAACACCAUCUUCUGCUUUGCUUUCUUUGGAACGGGAGCAUGGACCUACAACCGUAGUCAAGGAGGCAGAAGCAACCAAAAUAAUGGAAGAGGAGAUAAUCAAUGAUUCUUUGGCGACAAAGGCAACAGAAGAGACAUGCUUGCAAAAUAAAGAGCAACUUCAAACAUUAUCUUCUGCUCUGCUUUCUAAGGAACAGGAGCAUGAAGCUCAAACAGCAUUCAAGAAGACAGAAGAAGAAAGCACAAAGGAAGUGGAGUCGCUAGAUGACAAGAAUAUCAACAAUUUUUCAGCAAUAAAGGAAUCAGAAGAAACGGGCUUGGAGCAAGAGGGGCCCAUGGAUCCUGAACACGUGGAGAAAGAGAGUGCAACUCUAGAGAAACAAGAUACAGAUGAAGUUGAGGUAACCAAAACGGUUUCCAGGGAACAGGAGCAUGGAACCACAACCGCAGGCGAGAGGACAGAAGAAGAGGAAAUGAAGGGAGCUAAAAUGAUAGGUGACGAGAGUAUUGACAAUUCUUCUGCUGCAAAGACAACAGAAGGAACAUGCUUAAAAACGAAAGAACACAUGGAGCUCGAGGUAUCCACACUGGGGCUUGAAAGCAGUAAGGCCACACAUAGGGGCAGCUCAAAUGAAGUACAAGAGGAAGAAGGCAGCAAGCUAGAUCAAGCUUCAAAACUAGAGCCUCAUGAGAAAGAAGAGAUGAAAUAUGAUGAUUCUCCAUCAGGAGUCCAGAGUCAUCAAGUACUCCCAAAAUCAGAAGAUAUGAAAGAAAAGCAUCUUGAGACAGCAAUGACUGACUUGAACGCUGAAGAGAGUCAGUGCAAGGAAACAGCUGAGGAAGAUCAAAUAUUCAAGAACCGAGUUUCUAUGGAAGAGGUCAGAGAGGUCGUGGAGGAAAAGGAAGUUGCUAAGGAUUCUCAAUCAGUUUCUCCGGGUGACGAAACAAUUAUAGAGAGCCAUCAAGGAGAUGAACUAAAAGCAGUAGCGUGUCCUGAAGAGGAGACGAACAAAACUUUUAAAGCCACAACGAAUGCAAAUCAGCAUGAAGCACUCAAGUUGCCUGAACUAAUUGACAAGGACAGUGCAAGUGAGAACAUUGAAAAGAAGAUUACAGCAGAAGAGAGCAGCUAUCUGAAUGAAGCAGAGGGGAAGAACAUUGAGGAGGCAGUAAGUGAGCUGGACCUUGAUUAUAAAAGUGGUGAAACACACAUCACAAAGGAGAAAACAGAAGUCAUAGCUCUCAGUGAAAAGGAAGCGGGUGUAGAGAUAUCACAGAAGGAAGGCACUGCAGGUUUUUCAGAAGUCAACGAAAUCACUGAAGACAUUCAGCAGCUGGAGAAGAACUCUUAUGCAGCAUCUGAAAUAAAGAUUCCAGGAGAAGAAGAGCCCAGUGGGAACAAAGAGGCAGCGUUUAUAACAGACAAUGAAGAUGUUCUACCAGUGCUACAGCAUCCAAUUGACAAAGCCUUGCAGAAGGUUGAGCUAGAACAUGAAAGACCUGGAAAAGCUACUGAGGUUGAUGCAGAAGAGAGAGGGAUUGAAUGUGAAGGAGAAAAAAGAAUGGGGGGUUCAGGUGAAAUAAACAAGGAGUCUGCAUCAGUGGAUUCAGCAAAGAUGUCAUCAUCCGACCUCAUGCAGGGAUCCAUGAAAAAAAAUUUGCAAGCGGCUAAAAACUUGACAAAGGAGAGAGAACCAAUGCCCAGCAAAGCAAAAAUACAAAAUGAAGGGGCAGAAACGACCCAAAUUGACAAAGCAAGAGCAGAUGAGGAGGAAGGAGAUGAACACAAAAGAUCAGAACCCGAUUCUGAUUCUCCAGUCAUGGUAGAAGCCUCUAAAGAUACCGAGGCUAAGGUUCCUCACAAGAAAUCUCAUAAUAUCCUAUCAGGUGUUGGAUCAAAGGUCAAGCAUUCAAUUUCAAAGGUGAAGAAAGCCAUUACCGGCAAGUCUUCUCAUCCAAAGACAUCAUUGCCGAAAUAAUAUAAGAAAGCAGAUGACUCCAUCAGUAGCAAAAAUUCAGAUGCAGAGACAGUUAUGUAAAAAGGGCUUGUUGUUAGUUUGAAGUUUCAAAAUUCUUUUUGAGUGUGGUGUGUAUUUGUACAGCUUGAAUAAGUUCGGACUCAUUAUUUGUGAAGAGUCAAGCGAACAAUGCCAUGAUUGUUAUUGUAUAGCCAACCUCCAUAUUGUAAGACAUAUUCUGCUCAGACAAGUAUCAAGAUGUGAUUAUAUAAAUCAAAGUGAUUAUUUGCUUGAA